GGUUUUGACGUAAGUGUAUAUCAGCCAAUCACAACGCGGUGGGCGGGACUAAAGAUGAGACAGCGGAAGAUUCAAAACGAAAAUGGCGGCUGGAAAUGAUGCCCACAACAAUCACAAACUGAGCAGAAGUGGGACAAAAUGCAGCGUGUUUACCAGCCAGGAAAAGCCGAACAUGAGCCAGCCUGUGAUCUUCAACCCAGACUUCUUCGUGGAGAGGCUGAGACACGAGCAUCCACAUGCAUUUGCCGAUUUGGUACUUAGCAACAUUACUCGUCUCAUAGACCUUCCGGGGGACGAGUUUUCGCAGCUCACCGGCGAGUCGGAGGCGAAGGUGCCCUCCGCCACUGGCUUUCUACGCUCCUUCAACUUCCGUAAUAAACGCAAAGACAAAGGAGUGGUUUUCGGUGCACCGUUGACUGAAGAAGGAAUAGCACAGAUCUAUCAGCUCAUUGAAUAUCUGAGUAAAAACCUCCAUGUGGAGGGGCUGUUCCGUGUGCCGGGCCACAGCCUAAGACAGGCGGCCCUCAGGGAGAUGCUGAAUGGCGGGGCGGAGAUCGAUCUAGAGACGGGCGACUUCCACCCCAACGACGCGGCCACAUUGCUCAAAGCCUAUCUGGGAGAGCUGCCGGAGCCUUUGCUCACGCACAGACACUAUCAUGCCCACCUGAAGAUUGGAGAGCUAACUCGCUUUGAUGAAAGAGGGGACAAGACAAAUGUGCCCGACAAGGAACACCAGAUUGAAGCCUUUCAGCUGCUUUUCAUGCUGCUCCCACCAGCCAACCGCAGCCUGUUGAAACUGCUGCUGGACCUGCUGUACCACACUGCUCGAAAUCAGCACAUCAACAAGAUGUCUGCCAUCAAUCUCGCCACAAUGUUUGCCCCACACAUCCUCUGGCCCAAAAAUGUGAUGGCUUCUGAUCUGCAAGGAAACAUCGAGCGACUGAAUAAUGGCACAGCGUUCCUUAUCAGGCACUCACAGAAACUGUUCAAGGCACCUACAUACAUCAAAGAAUAUGCCCGCUUGUACUUCACAGGAUCAAAAACUCUUCAAUCGAAGGAUGACCUGGUACUCUGUUCUGGGACUGAAGGUGGGCACACAUCUGCUGACACAGCUGCCUCCCCUUCUCCUUCCAUGAAAACAAUCAGAAGUGGAGUCCGCAGCACCUCCACCAGCAGCUCAUGUGAGACCCAAAGUUACACUGAAUCGGCCCUCAGAGAGCUGUACCAGCAGGUAAACAACAUGCCUGAAUCCGCCAAAAAGAAGAAGCUCAUCAGACAGUUUGAUAAGCAGCCUUUGACCCCUUCAGCUGACUCACGGACGGCGUUCAGCAGGAAACACUGGCGCUCGCGCUCUCUUGGUGGAAUGAUCAAGAGGAAGGUGAUGGGAAGCCAAUUGUUAGCAGAGAAAGAAAAUGGUCCUCGGAGUCCUCCAGCCGGCGGCCCAUCGCAAGAGAAAUCAGCAGCUGUGUAGGAGUGAGUAUCUCAGACCAAUAAAGUGCACCGCGUAUCUUCCUCAACCACUGUUGUGGUCACAGAGGCUGAAAAUAUUCCCCUGUGAUGAUGACCAUGGGCACCUAUGGAUAAGCGUAUGAGUAGAAAUCAUCUUUAAUUCAUCCCAAUGCAGUCAAAGUAUGCCAUUUACAUGUUUGGGACAGCAAAGUUCCCUCCUAAAAGUGUCGUCCACCAGUGCCGAGUGGUUUUCCUGGUGCCGUUGUUUGAGUGUUCUGGUGCUGUGGUUCGCCACAGACAAGCCUGGCCUCACUUUCCCUUUUGGUCUAUCAAGUUUUACUUAAGCUACGCAGAAGGGGUUAAAUAGACAAUAGUGAGGAUUUUCCAUGUAUUCUUUUAAAUCAUUGAAAUUGCCUCUCGGCAUUCAUCUUAAAGUCCUUAUUCCGUGUUCGUUCACAAUGUUCAGCGAGUGAGAUGCAUUUACUCAAAUGAAUUUGUGGCUAUUUAGGUUUUAAUUUGCAAAUGUAUUUAUUUUUGUAUCAUAUGUAUUGACACGGUGUGAAGUGCAGGCUUUUCUAUUUAAAUGUUACUUUUUAAGUUAUAGUAGCUUUAGUUCAAAUUUUAAUGCAAUGGGAACAAGACUUUGACUUUGAAUCUGAUAUGUGCCUUUUAAUUGAAAAUAUCUUUCAUUUCUUUAUAAUGAAACAUUGUAUUAAAGAUAUCCUCUUUAAAAUUCCAGAUAACAUUUGGUGAAUGCUAAAAUUCCGAUAAAGAAUUUAUUCAGAUAUUGGUAAAUUAAAGUAGAGAAUGGAGGCACACAGUUAAAAACCAAAGCAACAUCUUGUGUAGAUUAUAUGAUUUAUAUCAAUAGUUUUCUCUUCCUUCCCAACACCCCACACGUUAUACUAAAGAAUACUGUGAUACCUAAAAACUACUGCUAUUUUAAACACAUCUUGUUUUUUAUUGUUUAAUAUGCAUUGGUUUUUAUGGUUUAAUAUGCAUUUAUGUUUUUAGAAUUAUUCAACUUUUUACUUCAAGUAAAUGUAUAAUUCUUUUGUUCUAUUUUUAUUUUUUAUUUUCAAAGGUUAAUGAAGACAAAUGCGUUUUCUCCCUUUUCUUGUGGUUUUAUAACCAGGUGCAACUUGAACCUGCUCAUUGUCUUAAAAUAUCGGCCUCUCCGAUCACAUGUAGCUCACAUCGCCUGUUACAAGCUUUUGCAACUCAAUUAUACUGUGACGAUUGGUCAACGUGCCAACUGAUGCUACUGAGAAUCUAUGCAACUCACUGCUAUUAAAAGAAAUCAAGCCGAGA